UUGAUAUUGUAUUCACUAGUGGAGAUGACGUUGUAGCUAUAGGAUUAAAUGUUACUCAUCAAGUUAUUAUGUCAGAUGAUGAUCGAGACAAGCUUGUACAAUCCAAUGGUAAACACGCACAAUACAUAAGCAAGAUCUUAGAUAUCUAUUACUCCUAUCACCACGAGUCAUAUAACAUAAAAGGUGUAUACCUUCAUGAUCCAGCAACUAAUAUCGCGGCCGUGGAUACUUCAUUGUUUACUUACACUAAGGGUGUCGUAAGAGUUCAGACAAGAGGUAUAACGAGGGGUGCCACAGUUUUCUAUAACACCGUCAAAAGGUUUAUGGAAGAGACAGGGUGGUCAGGUAAGCCAACAGUUAAGGUGGCUGUUAUUAUUGAUGCUCCCGCAGUGCUUAAGCUGGUCAUGGAUCGCCUAAUUAACUCCUAGCUUGUGAUUUACAAAGGAAAACAACCAACAACAAUGUGGUUGCGCUGUCUGAUCACUGAUGUUUCUCUCUUUUUCAAUUAUCAUUGCGUUCGUCUUUCAUAUUGAAAAAGCUCGUUGAAUCCUUAACUCUUACUAUGUAUUUUGUGGCUCAUUUUUUCUGUGCGUUCUGCAGAGCUUCCUGAAAGAUCUCAUGGUAAAUUGAGAAAUCUGGGUUACACAUUGUAAAUUUCGUCAAAUCAAGAACAACCAUAAUUGAAAAUUGACUUCUCUAAACUCGAUUCUUUUGAUUUGUUACUUUAUGUCAGAUUUUAAGAAUUUGUGUAUGAUCUGGUGGUUACGGUGUGUUGAUGGUGUUGUACGGUAGUGGUGGUGGUCAACGACUCACAGUCGGUAUAUUUUGAUUAUGAUUUUGGUGGUGAUUCUGCUUAUGAUUUGGCAGUGGUGGUGAAAUUGAAACACGGAGGUGGUGAUUCUGGUGAAGGAAGAGAGUAUGUUGAUUUUGGUUAAUGUUUGAUUUACAUGGAGGGUAAAGCGAACAUUAGGUCAAUCCACACCAGCUCAAUGGGACAAAGAUGAAUGGCAUCCCUUGCUUGGCCCCUGGCGGUUCAUCCAAGUUAUCUGCCUCUGCAUCAUCUUUAACAAGGGAAUUGACUAAGGCAAG